AUGGCAAAAUGGCGGGUGUUGGGUAAGGCCUUAUCCGGCCAGGUUAGCAUGUAUAACCCUGGCCAGAGCUGUCCAGGGCCGUACAAGCUGGCACUGUUGGCCAAUCAACCUCUAACUUCAAUGCUUCAAGAAUUAGAAAACACAGAGGUUCUCAUGCACAUAGUGAGGGACCGCACUUACACAAGUGUGAUUGCAUACGUCACUGAUCUUCUGUCAUAUCAUGACAAUCAGCUUCGACAUAACUUGAAUGCUGUCAAGGGUAUAGGUGACUGCAUUAGUCAGAUGUAUCAUGACUAUGAUGCUGGCCCAUUUGCAUUUUCCUUGACUGACCUCCAUCAGAGCAAUAUCUUUGUGGACAAAGACUGCAACAUCACUGAUAUAAUUGACCUGGAAUGGGCUGCUUCUCUUCCUUUUGAGUUCAUCCAGCUCCCGCACUGGCUAGGCGGUAAGGAGCUUGAUGCAAUCGACUUAGACCCUUACAACAACCAUGUUGAAGAAUUUACGCGGAUCCUCGAAGAAAGUGAAAAGGAAGGUAGAGGAAGCCGAGAGCCAUCGAUAAUCCAACCCCAGUUCGCUGCGCAGCACUUAAAAGAUCAGGAAUUCUACAAGAUUGUUGGGUUUUAUUGGUGUCGCGAAGCCAGCGCUUUCAUUCGGGCAAAAUGUAAUGACAAGAAGAACUGUGACAUCCAGCUCAGAGAGGCGUUUCAGAUGAACAACUAGGCACAGAAACCGAUGUAUCGCACUCCAAUGCAUACAAAGUUCAGCUCCCACUUCGCCUGCGACUUAGGGUACAUACUUUCUCAGACUUGGUCCACAUUCAUAUGACAUUCAACGACUUUCUUUGGAUUUCCCCUUAUCGUUGUCGGUAGAACCUUCCCCAACCUGCACGUCGAGGUGUGUGUUUUCUGGGACCCGAUCUAAGACAUUCGAUGCCCGUUUCGCUUUCACAGCCGCGCUGGAGCUAGUGAGUUGCUCCAGGGCCUUGAAAUCUGAAACCAAGCCCACCGUCGCCUCUUCUACCUCUGACUCGCGCUGACCUGAACACUGCGAAGGUUUGGAUGAUGACUGCGUGUUUUCUUCGCAUCGUGGGAGUACUCUAUGAGUAGGUUGGUUUUG